AUGCUCCCCGAGCCCAAGUAUGACCGGUUCCGCGACGAGCCGCUGAGGGCCGCCCCCAUGCCGGCCCCGGUGCCGGUGCCGGUGCCGGCUCCCGCCCCGGGGCUGGCGCAGCCGUGCCCGGCGGCGGGCGAGGAGCCGGAGGCCGGCACCACGUUCUGCACGCUGCUGCCCAGGAUGCCCCAGUGGAAGUUCCCCGGCCCCGGCGGCUUCCUCAGCCGCAGCCCCUCGGGCUCCAGCAAGGAGCUCUCCUCGCCGGCCCGGCCGGGGGGCGCCGCGGAGCCCGGGGGGGCCCCGUCCAGCCUGGCGGCGGUGCUGGGCGCCUGCGAGCCCGGCUGCUCGGCGCCCUGCUCGCUGCCGGGGCUGAGCCGGCUGCGCGGCGGGGCCGGGGCCGCCAGGAAGGCGGCGCGGGCGGAGGGGGCCCGGCAGGGCGGCGAGGAGUGGAACCGCAAGGGCAGCUUCAUCAGCAAGCCGGCGCAGGGCUGGCUGCACCCCGACGAGCGGGUGCUGGGGCCCGGCGUCUCCUACAUCGUCAGGUACAUGGGGUGCAUCGAGGUGCUACGCUCCAUGAGGUCCCUCGACUUCAAUACCCGGACACAGGUCACCAGGGAAGCCAUCAACAGACUGUACGAGGCAGUGCCGGGCGUGAAGGGCAUCUGGAAGAAGAAGGCUCCCAACAAAGCCCUCUUCUCCAUCCUGGGCAAGAGCAACCUCCGCUUCGCAGGCAUGAGCAUCGCCGUCAACAUCUCUGUUGAUGGCCUGAACCUCAUGAUCCCCACCACGCGCCAGAUCAUUGCCAACCACCACAUGCAGUCCAUCUCCUUUGCCUCCGGCGGGGACACGCAAGGGGGUGCAGGCCCUGAGCACCCUCUGUGCCCCCAGGACACCACGGACUACGUUGCCUACGUUGCCAAGGACCCCAUCAACCAGAGAGCUUGCCACAUCCUGGAGUGCUGCGACGGGCUGGCACAGAGCGUCAUCAACACGGUGGGACAGGCCUUUGAGCUGCGCUUCAAGCAGUACCUGCACAGCCCCCCCAAGGUGGUGGUGCCCCCAGACAGGGUGCUGGGGAUGGAGGAGUCGGCGUGGGGGGAGGACGACGAGGCGGGUGAGCACGACUACUACAACAGCAUCCCGGGCAAGGAGCCACCCCCGGGGGGGCUCAUCGACUCCCGGCUCCGGCACAGCACGCUCCUGGGCCAUGUCCGCGUCCAGCCCCCCAGCUCCAGCCCUGCCAGCCAGGGCAGUUUAGCACCCAGGAGAGAGCAGAGCAGCCAGCCGGGACUGCCCUGGGACCUGGAGAGCCAGGGCCAGCCCUGCGACGGGUACCUGCAGGCGGACGGGCACCCCCUGGGGCCGCGGGACUACGAGGAGCACAUGUACGUGAACACCCAGAGCCUGGACACGCGGGAGCCAGACACCGCUUGCGGAGCACUGGAGGAGAGUCCCAAAAAGGACCUCUUUGAUAUGAGGCCUUUUGAAGAUGCCCUGAAGCUCCACGAGUGCAUAGCAGGGAGCGGCAGCAGCCCCCCAAUUGAGGACCAGUGGCCGAGCCCCCCCACGCGGAAAGCUCCCAUCGCCCCCACGGAGGAGCAGCUGAGGCGGGAGCCGUGGUACCACGGGAAGAUGAGCCGGCGGGACGCCGAGAAGCUCCUGCAGAUGGACGGGGAUUUCCUGGUGCGGGACAGUAUCACCAACCCGGGGCAGUACGUCCUGACGGGCAUGCACUGCGGGCAGCCCAAGCACCUGCUGCUGGUGGAUCCCGAGGGCGUGGUGAGGACCAAGGACGUGCUCUUUGAGAGCAUCAGCCACCUCAUCAGCCACCACCGGCAGAACGAGCAGCCCAUCGUGGCCGCAGAGAGUGAGCUGCACCUCCGCCAGGUUGUCCGCAGGAAGCAGUGAUGCUGGGGGGUACGUGAGCCCCUGGCCCGGCCCCCUGGCGCCAGACUCGUCCCAGCCCAGGGCAAAGCCAAGGCUCUUCUGCACCCCCUCCUCUGCUCGUGCCUGCCUUCAGGGGCCUCGUGGUGCCCACCUGCAAGGGCCCCGCUGUCCCGCCCUCGUCCCCCCAUCCCCGCCACCUCCCCUCCAUCAUUCGCAGGGGGCCCCUUGCCCCGCGGACACCCGGACAUUUAUUGCGCUCAGCGGCUGGGGACAGCGCAGGGACGUGCUGGGGUGAAGCAGUCGGUUCUGCCCGUGGGACUGCCCCGGCCCCGGGUCAGGCAGUGCCAGCCCUGCCCUGCCCACGUGCCCCCCACCCCUGACACCCCCAGCCCAGCACCCUGCAGCUGGCGGCGUCCUGGCACAAGGGAUGUGGAGCAAAGGGGGGUUGGCUGCUGCUGGGAGCCUCGUCCCUGGGCUCCUGGGGUGAGAUGGGGCGAGCAGGCUGUGUGUGUGUGCGUGCAUGCACGUGUGUGUGAGCGUGUGCACGUGUGUGUGCGCGUGUGUGCAGGUAUGCGAGGGGCUGCUGGGGCAGUGGCCCCCGCACAGAGAGCCAUGCCUCUCGCCAGCACUGCUGCUCAGGACCCAAGUCCUGCCUCGGUCCCCACUCUCUGCCAGGACAUUGGGGGUGCCCCCACCCAUCGGGACCGUGUCCCUGUGGGCUGGGCACAAGCACCUCUUGGAGCCGGCGCUGCUGGAUUUUCCUGUGGGUCUCACGCUUCCAGUCGCCUUCUCACCAGGAGCGGCCAUGCCGCAGCACCCCCGGAGCCCCUGCAGCCCUGCACAGCCCCCAGGGGGGGCCAGGACCGAAUUGCUGUGGGGCAGAGCUGAGCCUGAGAUGCUGGGGUGGCAGGGGGAGAGGCAGCCCCAGCCCUGGGACCCCCCAGGUGGGGCUUUGGCAGGUCUUUAUGGCAUUCAUGGUCCCUCCUCUGGCGUCUCUGGGGUUUGUUGUUUGGGAUAAGUUUCUAAUUAAACCUGGAAAUGAGCAAGGCCUCGGCUGUUGGUGCUGC